CAAAAAGGGAGCGCUUGACUGUAUAGAAUUAGGCUUAGCUGUCUGUAGUGUAAUGGGGCUGAGUUAAGAAAGGUUUAUAGAGCUAUGAGUGGCUAAGUGUAAAGUGUGCCAGUGCUGUGGUUCUCAUUUAAGUGCAUCAAAAGUGUUUCAAUUCGGAUGGAUCCCCAAGAUCCAUCCCAAAGCUUUCUAUUCAGCAAGUCUGGGUUAAGGGUUAAAAAGCAUCGUGCUAAUUGAUGCCAAUGAUUGGUAACAAGUAACUUUAAAGGAAUGCUUUCAAGGUGCAAGGCAGAACUACAUACAAGUUAUUAAAGAAUCAUCCCUAUAAUCCCAGAAUUUCUGAAGGCUCUGAUAGGAGUCUUGUUACAAAUUUGAAGCCAUUAUGGCUUCAAAUGUGAGGCCAUGUCUAAAAAGAAAUCAAAAAGUUACAAACAAAAAUAGUGAUGCCCCUUAAAUGCAGCAGGCGUUACAAAGCUUUUGGUGUAAGGGGCAGGAUUAAGAAGGGGGCGUGGUUGGUAGGUGUGGCCCGGCUGAGAGGAUGGAGUUCCAAAAGUAGGAAUUUGGAGCAAAGGAAGAAUAGAACAAACUAAUUGGAGGUGCAGCAAAAGAUAUCCGACCGACCUAUUACAGGUCGCUAAGAGGUGGGCGUGGUUCCAGUCUACGGGGCGAGGCUUAAGCAUGAGACCUGAGUCUAGGGUGUGUCCUAGCCGGAAGCCUGGAGUCUGUGGGUGGUACCCUAAGAAGAAGCGGGCGCAGUGGGCGCAUGCGCACUAGGCUCCGUUCGCCCACCGGAAGCGGCUUUGCCUGUCCCCCUCCAGUGUCUUGUGCCGGCGUAAUUUCCCUUCCCCGUUCCCCCGCCACCAUCCUCCACGCCGGCGCUUCGGGGGGAACGAACGCGACUUCCGCUUCCGGGCAGGAGGCGCGGGGCUGGUGGGGAGUUGGGGGGAAGGGGCGGCACUUCCGGUUGGGCCCUCGGGUCUCCCCGGAGCGGCGGCACCUCCUCCGCCUCCUCAGCCUCCUCCCGGCGGAGACCCCAGCGCCGGGUCUCCCUUCUCUCCACCGACCAGAGAUGGAGGCAAACCAGGCAGGCAGCGGUGCCGGGGGUGGCGGGAGCAGCGGCAUCGGGGGCGAGGACGGGGUCCACUUCCAGAGUUACCCAUUUGACUUCCUGGAAUUCCUCAACCACCAGCGCUUUGAGCCCAUGGAGCUAUACGGGGAACACGCCAAGGCAGUGGCAGCCCUGCCCUGUACCCCGGGGCCCCCGCCCCAGCCCCCACCCCAGCCUCCUCCGCCCCAAUAUGACUACCCGCCCCAGUCCAGUUUCAAACCUAAGGCGGAGGCUCCUUCCUCAUCCUCAUCAUCAUCUUCAUCCUCAUCUUCCUCAUCUUCGUCUUCCUCAUCCUCUUCCCAAGCCAAGAAGAUGGAUCCGCCGUUGCCACCCACCUUCGGAGCGCCGCCCCCUCCACUCUUUGAUGCUGCCUUCCCUGCUCCGCAAUGGGGAAUAGUCGACCUCUCUGGACACCAGCACCUGUUCGGGAACCUGAAACGAGGUGGGCCCACACCUGGGCCUGGAGUAGCAUCAGGACUGGGCACUCCUACUGGGACCCCAGGGCCACUUCCCACACCCUCGCAGACCCCGCCUGGGCCCACAGUAGGGGCAGCCUGCGACCCAACCAAGGAUGACAAGGGCUAUUUCCGAAGGCUGAAGUACCUGAUGGAGCGGCGCUUCCCGUGCGGUGUUUGCCAGAAGUCCUUCAAACAGUCCUCACAUCUGGUCCAGCACAUGCUAGUGCACUCCGGGGAACGACCAUACGAAUGCGGCAUCUGUGGCCGCACCUAUAAUCAUGUCUCCAGUCUCAUCCGCCACCGACGCUGCCACAAGGAUGUGCCAUCAACACCAACCAGCAGUACGCCACAGCCUGGGCCUGCACUUCCUUCACUGGGCCUCCCGGUACCCACAGCCAGCGCCACAGCCAGCUCUGACCCCGCCGCAGUGUCCUCUGGCCCUUCAGCCACCCCUGCAACGCCUGCCACCUCCACUGAUGGGAACACCACCCCUGCUGCCCCACCUGGGGUGGCCAUGCCUCCCUCUGCCACUACUGGCGGGGAGGGCCCAUUUGCCUGCUCCCUCUGCUGGAAGGUUUUCAAGAAGCCUAGCCACCUCCACCAGCACCAGAUCAUCCACACGGGUGAGAAACCCUUCUCUUGCUCUGUGUGCAGCAAAAGCUUCAACCGGAGGGAGAGCCUCAAGCGUCAUGUGAAAACGCACUCGGCUGACCUGCUGCGCCUGCCCUGUGGCAUCUGUGGCAAGGUCUUCCGCGAUGCCUCCUACCUCCUCAAGCACCAGGCGGCCCAUGCAGCGGCCGGAACCCCGCGACCGGUGUACCCCUGCGACCUGUGCGGAAAAACAUACUCAGCGCCGCAGAGCCUGUUGCGACACAAGGCUGCCCACGCAUCACCUGUGGCCACUGGGCCAGCUAAGGGCAGCCUUGACCUCGGUCCCCAGCCACCUCCCCCGUUCCCCCCAGGUCCUUACCUCCUGCCCAUGGACCCAUCCACUACAGGCAGAAAGCCCCCGGCGGCCGCGGCUGUGGUGUAUGGUCUGGUGGUGCCUGUCCCACUUCUGGCGCACAUCUCUGCUGCUUGGAGGUGCAGGAAUGGCGGUGCUGGGCCGGGCGCGAAGUGGCCGGGCAAGACGUUCUGCUGUGGCAUCUGUGGUCGCGCGUUUGGGCGCCGCGAGACCCUAAAGCGACACGAACGCAUCCACACCGGCGAGAAGCCCCACCAGUGCCCAGUGUGCGGGAAGCGUUUCCGGGAGUCCUUUCAUCUGAGCAAGCACCACGUGGUGCACACCCGAGAGAGGCCCUACAAGUGCGAGCUGUGCGGCAAAGUCUUCGGCUACCCGCAGAGCCUCACUCGCCACCGCCAGGUGCAUCGGCUGCAACUGCCCUGCGCCCUGGCUGGAGCCACAGGCCUCACCACCGGACAGGGGACCACUGGGGCCUGUGGACCUGGAGCUGCAGGCACUUCAGGUGGGCCGGCCGACCUGAGCUACGCCUGCUCAGACUGCGGGGAACACUUCCCGGAUCUCUUCCACGUCAUGAGUCACAAGGAAGCUCACAUGUCAGAGAAACCGUACGGCUGUGACGCCUGCGGCAAGACGUUCGGUUUCAUCGAGAACCUCAUGUGGCACAAGCUGGUUCACCAGGCUGCCCCGGAGCGCCUUCUCGCGCCAACAUCCAGUGGCCCUCAGUCCUCUGAUGGCAGCGGCAGCAGCAGCGGCGGCACCGAUGCAUCCAGCGUGCUGGACAACGGACUGGCUGGAGAGGUGGGGACGGCAGUGGCAGCGCUGGCUGGGGUUUCUGGGGGCAGCGAGGAUGCGGGUGGGGCGACGGUGGCCGGAUCGGGUGGCGGGACCAGUUCAGGCGCUGAGCGCUUCAGCUGUGCCACAUGCGGCCAAAGCUUCAAGCAUUUCCUGGGCCUGGUGACUCAUAAGUAUGUGCACUUGGUGCGCCGGACCCUGGGUUGCGGCCUCUGCGGCCAGAGCUUUGCGGGCGCAUACGAUCUGCUCCUGCACCGCCGAAGCCACCGGCAGAAACGGGGUUUCCGCUGCCCAGUGUGUGGGAAGCGCUUCUGGGAGGCGGCCCUACUGAUGCGCCACCAGCGCUGUCACACAGAGCAGCGGCCCUACCGGUGCGGCGUGUGCGGUAGAGGCUUCCUGCGCUCCUGGUACCUGAGGCAGCACCGCGUAGUGCACACGGGCGAGCGCGCCUUCAAGUGCGGCGUGUGCGCCAAGCACUUCGCGCAAUCUUCUAGCCUAGCGGAGCACCGGCGGCUGCACGCCGUGGCCCGGCCUCAGCGCUGCGGCGCCUGCGGCAAGACCUUCCGCUACCGCUCCAACCUGCUGGAGCAUCAGCGGCUGCACCUGGGCGAGCGCGCCUACCGCUGUGAGCACUGCGGCAAGGGCUUCUUCUACCUGAGCUCCGUGUUGCGCCAUCAGCGUGCCCACGAGCCCCCGCGGCCCGAGCUGCGCUGUCCCGCCUGUCUCAAGGCCUUCAAGGAUCCUGGCUACUUCCGGAAGCACCUGGCUGCCCAUCAGGGCGGCAGGCCUUUCCGCUGCUCCUCCUGCGGUGAGGGCUUUGCCAACACCUAUGGUCUGAAGAAACACCGCCUGAUGCACAAGGCUGAGGGUCUUGGGAUGCCCGGAACAGGGGGAAGCACCUUGGCCGGAAAGGAUCCCUGACCAGGGUGUUUCAGUGUGCCACUCCAAUCAGAUAUUCCCUCUGGACUCUACCCUUCUGGGGCUGCUGGUCAGACUCUCCCCACCCCUCCUUACUGUCACCCAUUCUAAAGAAUCCCAGGUGGUCUAGCUUCUUUCCAGUCCCAUGCCCUACACACUGAAGAUUAAAUUGCUCCGAUCCCAGGCCAUUCUGGCCCUUCCUUCUUCAUCUGUCAGACACUGGACUUGAUCCUCUGUCCAGUUGAUCCUCUUUUGUAAACCUCAUCUGCCACCCAGCAGCAUUCUGGCUCCAGUGAACUCUGUGGUGGAGAUGGGUUUGAACUACUCACCCCCUCCACUUCCUCUGGGAUCUGGCUGGACAGUGGACUAUGAACAGAGUUGGGAGGGCACAGGUGGGGGUCUGGGUGCUCUUGGAUGGGGGCGGGUUGGGGAGGGGACAGACGCGGCUUGUACAGAGCAGAGAACAAUAAAUGGUAUCAACAGGGCCGCUGGGGUCUGUCCUUGCUAUUCCUAGGGGAUUCCACUGACUGGCUGGACACAACACCUCACACCACUCUCUUUUCACCUAGGUUGAGUGAGGAUUUGCCAUGUCCCGGGCAUUAGCCUAUGAAUUGGGCAAGUGGAGAGGAGUGAAACAGGGAAGUCGCACUCUCAGGAACUGAUUUGAGAUCCCGAGACUCCCCUCCAUGAUGCUCUCAGCCACCAUGACCGGAAGCCUCCUGUCUGCCAAGCCCUGACCUGGGCACUAGGGAAACUGAUGAAUUGAUUGGACAUGACAUUCACACUCCAGUAGGCUGGGAGAGCAUACCUGAGGAACUUAAGUCUGCAGACUUACUGGAGACGGUCUCAUGUAGUCUAGGCUGGCUAUGGACUUGCUUUGUAGGUAAAGAUAGGCUUGAAUUUUUUCCCCUUUGAGACAUGGUCUCUCUAUGUAACCCUUGGCUCUCCUGGAACUCUCUGUAGACCAGAUGGGCCUCGAAUUUACAGAAAUCCACCUGCCUCUGCCUCUCUGGUGCUGAGAUUAAAGGUGUGCACGACCAUG